AUGCGGCUAUACUGCGGAGACUGCACUGUCUACGACCAUUUGCGGUGUCCCACUCAUCGCAUCAAGGAGUGGACGGGGUCAUUUUUCAUAGCUACAUCGCUCAAGAAGCUUGGUCUGAGGAUCCAGCUGGGGCACACGACUGGCGAAAGCUGUAUCCUGCCUCACAAGUCAUUCAAUGACAACUUCGUCCUCAUUGAUACAAAUGGAAUACACGAGAUGGUGGUUGACUUCUGUGGCUGUGAAACCUCCCAGACUCAUACCAAACAGCUCUUGUGCAUGGGUUGGUUUCCCUCAACAACUGUGGAUCCAAGGACAGCGGCAACCUUCCAACUAUUACACUGUUACAAGAUUUUGUCUUUUGAGUCCAAGGCAUCCACGUAUGAAUUCUAUCACUCACUCGUCUGUAUAUCUGACAAUGUUGUACCUCUAAUUCAGGACCGCUAUGAAUCCUUCAUGUGUAUGGUUCGUGAGUGGCAACACCUAAAAAUGUUGAAACAUUUUGGCCGUGGUCACGAUCCAGUCGGUGUGAGUGGUACCAAAGAGGGCGAAUGCGCCGUCCUCUGUCCGGCUUGCCCACAGCCUGGCAAGAAUCUACCCCCUGACUGGAAAGAAGCGCCAAAAGCCAAACAAUGGCUUUAUUCAUUGUUUGUAGCUAUUGACGCCAAUUUUCGCUUGAAGAGACAGAAUAUUUCCAGCGAUGAAGUGGACCCAAGUCUCUCAGAGGGAUGGUCAUACUUCAUGGAAGAGAAGAAGUUCAAGUCGCACCUCAAGGAGCAUUUGUCUGAGACACAGGAGAAAAGUUCCUGCUUGAACCAUAAUGCCAUGAAUAUGGCUGAGACAAAGCUAUCACAGGGCCUUGCAGCUACUGGAUUAGGGACACGCCCGAAUGGUGUCGGGGACCUACAAAAAGGGGAAAAGUACAUUAACAUGGACUACCUUUUUUUCUCCACACUCCACAACAGCCAUCUCGACGUUCUGAACGUGUCAUAUGACAUCUCACUAUCUGAAUCAUACCAUAUAUCUUAUUUGUGUCUUUUUAUUCGGUUCUUCGUCCCCAAUUUCCACCUUCCAGCACACAUCAACAAGUGUCAGACAUUGUUCUCUUUCAAUUUCGCGCGUUUUGUGGGCCGUACAGAUGGGGAGGCACCCGAACGUGGCUGGUUCAAUAUAAAUCUGGUCGCAUCAAGCAUGAAAGCAAUGGGACCUGGCUGUCGUAGGGACACAUUAGACAAUCAUUUUGGGGAUUGA